UUCCACCAAGAAGGCUCUAGCACAGGCCCCGCCUCCGCCCCGAUUAAUUCCGACACAGAGCCGUUAGUGGCUGUUGAGGAUGAGAGACGGCGCACUGCGCAUGCGCCACUGUUGCCCCACCGAGGUGCGUCUGUGACGGAGUCUUUUGGCAGCGCUGCCUGGGGAAGGUCGCAGGGAGGUGGGAGGAAUCGAAACCAAGAGUAUUGUUGUUUAGCUUUCACCUUGAAAACCAGGAAGUUGAAAAGUUCUAGUUUUCUAGUUCAUCCAGGCUGAGAGAGAAGUGUUUCUUGCCAAGACAAAACGAUUCAUGCAAGAUGAGACAUUUUACAGAUAUCACUUCUGGUUCUCUGAAGACUUCAAAAUCUGUCCUGAUUUCAGGAUGCAUUUAUUAUUAGUUUCCCUCUUUAUUGGUAUAGUUCCUUUCUCCAGUAGUAAUUCUGUUUAUGCAUCAGUACCUAGAUUACUCCUGGUGUCUUUUGACGGCUUCAGGGCUGAUUAUUUGAAGAAAUACAAACUUCCACAUCUUCAGGAUUUUAUUAAGGAAGGUGUAUUAGUUGAAUAUGUUACCAAUGCUUUUAUCACAAAAACAUUUCCAAAUCAUUAUAGUAUAGUCACAGGACUGUUUGAAGAAAGCCAUGGCAUUGUAGCAAAUGAAAUGUAUGAUGCUGCUACCAAAAAAAGGUUUUCACAAUUCAAUGACACUGAUCCUUUCUGGUGGAACGAAGCUGUUCCUAUUUGGGUAACCAACCAAGAGCAAGGGAACAGAACUAGUGCUUCUGCAAUGUGGCCUGGUACUGAUGUAAAAAUUCACAAUACUGUUCCUCAUUUUUUUAUGAAAUAUAAUUCUUCAGUAAACUUUAAAGAAAGAGCAGAAAAUAUAAUUGAAUGGAUGAACAGUUCCAAUCCACUAGUCACUUUUGCUACUCUUUACUGGGAAGAGCCAGAUGCAAGUGGACACAAAUAUGGUCCAGAAGAUACUGUAAACAUGAGUAAAGUAUUGCAAGAAGUUGAUAACCUCAUUGGCUUACUUGUUAAGAAGCUGAAGGCAUCAAAACUGUGGGAAGAAAUUAAUGUUAUAAUUACAAGUGAUCAUGGCAUGGCACAGUGUUCCCAAGACAGAUUGAUAAAUCUGACUAGGUGCCUUGAACCUGGUAGUUACAUGCUGAUCGACAAGAGUCCAGUAGCUGCAAUACUGCCAAUUAAUAAAACACAUGUCUAUAACUCAGUGAAAAACUGCAGCAGUCAUAUGAAAGCUUAUCUUAAAGAAAGCAUUCCAGAGCGAUACCAUUAUCAUCACAAUAAGCGUAUUCAACCCAUAAUUUUGGUGGCAGAUGAAGGAUGGACAAUUGUUACCAAUGAGAGUCUUCCAAAAUGUGACCAUGGCUAUGACGAUUCCCUCUCAAGUAUGCAUCCAUUUUUGGCAGCUCAUGGACCUGCUUUUCGCAAAGGUUACAAACAAAAGACAAUGUCUACUGUUGAUAUUUAUCCAAUGAUGUGUCAUAUCUUAGGUUUGACGCCUCAGCCCAAUAAUGGCACCUUGAGAAAUGCCAAGUGUCUGUUAGCAGACCAGUGGUGCAUAAAUGUCCCUGAAGCCAUUGGAAUAGUUAUUGGUGUCUUUAUGGUGCUAACUACUCUGACGUGCCUGAUAAUAAUCAUGAAGAACAGAACACCUGCUCUGCCUCCAUUUUCACGACUUCAGCUUCAGGAAGAUGAUGAUGAUCCACUAAUAGGAUAAAAUGUACUGGCUUUUAUCUUGAAAAUUGGACAUGAUCACUUCAGUUACACUGGAUAACAUCUUACGAUGCACUUUAAUAAUCUACCCAAAUACUGCAGUAGAGCAUUGUCACUAUAAAAUAAAAAUGUUAAAUAGAAUGUGUUCUCAAAUAUAAGAAAUCUUAAGUUUUCAGUUAAUAAAAUGGCAAGAUUAAGAUAUUUAAAUAGUAACAAAUGAUGCUGUUUGUCCACAAUGAAGUACAUCUGGAGAUACCUUAACUCCUAAACUUAGGUGCAAGAAAUUCUUGAAGUUCUUUAAUUGAAGUUCUUGAUGGUGGAAAUGGCAAUCCCACUUUGUAUGACGAUGGGGAGGGAAGGCAGCUUUUACUCUGCUCUUUGUGUUCUGUUUGCAAAACAAAAUAACUUACAUCACUAGAUGCGCAGUGAAUUUUGGGAAUCAGGAAAACCAUUUAUGUCCUUUCUGUACAUAAACAUAUUUUAAAAGAGUUCUGUGGAAUGAAACUGCUUUCAUAACUGCCAAAUGAUACAAUCUCAGUGGACUUUAAAGUAUGCAUGGUCUUGACUUUCAUUAUAAAGAACUUCUAAACCCUAUUGCAAUUUUUACCAGUUUGUGUAUUUUUGGGAUACAUUUAUCUGUGCUACAAAAAUUUGUUAACACUUUAGGGGUUCAAGGUUUAACUCCUGUAUAUCAGGGACUACUAGACAAAACUUAAUAGUCUUAUUAGUUACUGGGCUUUAAGUAGCAGUUUACCAAAUAAAAUACCUUGAGAUAAUGCCUGUUACACUUCUUAACAUUAUUCAUUUUUGUGUUCCAUGUAAUGACCAUGACUCCUGAUUGAAAACUAGCUGAAUUAUAUAUACAACUCACAAGGAUAAAUCAGAGGUGAUGAUGGAUUAGAAACUCAGGGAAAAGAGAAGUCCCAACUAGUAAGAUGUAUCUUGAAUUAUUUAUUCAAAGGAGCAGUGCCUUUUAAAGGAUAUUUAUAUUUGUAUGAGUUGGGUUUUUGUGAAAAAGUCUUUCAUAAUUUACAAGUUUAUGAAUUAAAAGAUGCUGUUUGUAUUUUGGUAUCAAGUCUACUUUGUUAACUUUAGGCUACAAUACUCUGAUACAGUAUAUUCAUUUUAAACCUGUUUUAUUUUUAAAAGUAAUAUCAACGUUUAAAAAAAACCAUGGGGUUGUCCUUUUCCAUGAUACUGUUGACCAUCCCCUCUCUUCUGAUCAUUAGUAACUGGAUAAUAUAAAGAGUUGAACACCUAG